AUCAACAGCGACAAGGAGAAAUACUGGCUGCACGUCAGCUCGGACGCGUCGCGCCUGGCCAUCAUCUGGAAAUACGGCGGCAUCUACAUGGACACGGACAUCAUCUCCCUCAGGCCCAUCCCGGAGGCGAACUUCCUGGCGGCGCAGGGCUCCCGCUCGUCCAGCAACGGGGUGUUCGGCUUCGAGCCCCGCCACCCUUUCCUGUGGGCCUGCAUGGAGAACUUCGUGGAGCACUACAACUCGCACCUCUGGGGCAACCAGGGCCCCCUGCUGAUGACCCGGAUGCUGAGGGUGAGGUGCCGGCUGGGCGAUUUCCAGGAGCUGGGGGACCUCAAGUGUCAGAAUGUGUCCUUCCUGCACCCCCAGAGGUUUUACCCCAUCCCCUUCCGGGAGUGGAGGCGUUACUACCAAGUGUGGGACCCCCCGCACCCCAGCUUCCCGGCCUCCUACGCCCUGCACCUGUGGAACUUCAUGAACCGCCGGGAGAGGAAGACCGUGCAGGCGGGCAGCAACACCCUGGCCGAGCACCUCUACCGUCAGCACUGCCCCAGGACCUACAGGAUCCUGGUUCGAGGCCCACAGGGCUUUGUGACCAGAGGCCUGGGUCCAAUGACCCCGUAG